UUAGAGGUGGGAGUUGGCGCUGCCGGCCGGGCGGGGACGUAGGGCUGCGAUGCCGACCUGGCCGCGGCGGUGACCGGAGCUGCCGCCCGACAUGAACUCGCUGGAACAGGCGGAAGAUCUCAAGGCUUUCGAAAGAAGACUUACUGAGUAUAUUCAUUGCUUGCAACCUGCCACUGGACGCUGGAGAAUGCUCCUUAUAGUGGUGUCUGUCUGUACAGCCACUGGUGCCUGGAACUGGCUCAUAGAUCCUGAGACCCAAAAGGUGUCCUUCUUCACGUCAUUGUGGAAUCAUCCAUUUUUCACAAUUAGCUGUAUAACUCUAAUAGGCUUGUUCUUUGCUGGCAUACACAAAAGAGUAGUCGCACCAUCAAUCAUAGCUGCUCGGUGUCGAACGGUAUUAUCAGAAUACAAUAUGUCUUGUGAUGAUACAGGAAAGCUAAUUUUGAAACCUAGACCUCACGUUCAAUGACAAACUGCACUAUUGUUAGGGAACCUAAACCAGUCUGUCUUCAAAUAAGAGAUACAGCAAAAGGCCCUAAAGGAUUCCUUGUGGAGCUGGCUGUGUGACGGUUUAGCAGCAGCUGACAAGCAGCGUGCACUGUUUGCCUGGAGUAUCUCGAUGAUGAUGACGGCGGCGGCGGCGGCGGAGCUGUCAGUGCUCAGUACCCUUGAUUACCUGUGUUCAGUAUUAGUGUCACUUUAGGACUUCAGCUCCUGCGAAGAAUGUUGCAGGUGAAGUUUGUGUGUAUGUUACUAAGUUAAACUUAGAAACCAAACCUCAUUCAGUUUUUAUAAUGUAUUUUUGCAGACUACUGUAAAUAGCAAAUCAAUGCCAAUGUUAAACCAAGAGGAAAAUGUUUGGACUUUGUUCUCCUGCACCAGUAUUUCAGGAACCAUCUGCUUGGCAUCUCCACAGCUCCUUAACACUGGCGACUAUGUGUGCCUGCAUUCUCAGCGCCUCUUCCCAUUGUGCUGCAGGAAAAGCAUCAGACUCCACUUAGACUGAGGAAAGCUCAUCUCCAUUAUGUUGAAAAUUUAUACAUGUUUCCACAAUUUUUGUUAAGCCCAAUACUGGAUUCUGGCAACUAUUGUUAUAUUUUUCAGUAAAUUGUUUUCAUUUAAUACUAAAUUACUUUUUUAAAAAGAAUUUUAAAAAACACCCCAAAGUCUUCUGAAUGUACAAGUUAAAUUAUGUAUUGUCUGGGAAUUUGACAGUCCUUAUUUUAGGUGACUGGAUUUUAUGCUGUGGUAGACGUGUUGAACUAGUGCUGUCCUGUGUAGCUGAUGGGCUCAGUCCAUCGCCAAUAACACAGGAACCUCACCGCAGACCAGAACCUGCAGUUCUCACUGCUGGAGAGUGCUGAUGACAUACUGUGUAUGUGCAACAGCCACGUGUAGUACAGUAGCCCUCGAAAUGAAACUAUUGGGAUUGCUGUAAAUACUUCAAGUACUAGAGGUGCCUUUUACCUGUUUAUUAGAAGAUUUUGAAAAGGUUAAAUUAUUUCAUGAGCAAUAUUUUAAAUUUCAUCUAAUAUGAAACUAAAUUUGAAUAAUAGGACAAAAACAUUUAAUAAAGCUGCCAUUUAACUAACAUGUAUUCAUCUUGACUUUCCUGUGUAUAAAAUUGUAUUCUUUGAAUUGCAGCAAUAAACCCUCUGCUUCUAAGAACUCAAAGAGGGUAUUCUAUAUGUUCUGCAUUGUUUUAUUUUCUGUAAAUUUUGUAGGUAAAUAUGUGCAUAAAAAUAAAUACUUUAUAUAUAAUUAG